AUGGACUCCACAGCUCACUCUGAAAAUUCUAGCAACCAUCAAGACAUCCAUCCGUCUCCUCCGCCCGACGAGACAGAGCUAGCCAAAAACAAGACAUCGCCUCUCAAGAAGACUGUCGCCACCCGCCAGAGGUACCUCACCACGGGGAAGAUUGGCGAAGAGGACCGUCCUGAAUUCCGCUACAAUCUGUCGGACGACAUGAUGCCUUACUUUGCCGAAGUUGAGGCCGAUGGCUUCCUCGAGACUCACUUGCCUGGUGAAGACUUCAAACACAAUGCUAGGAGGGAGCCCUUGAGAUUCAAUACAGAGUUGCUCAAAAAUAAUGAGCGCGAAAUGGCAGAAGAGUUUGUCCACGUCGCAAGCCCUGCACUCAAGAGGGGUGGUUCCAAACCACUCGUAGCCAAGAUCACUGCAGACUUGCCGGAUUCUACAGAGUCAACUGGGUUUGGUCAAGGUGGCAAGAAGAGACCUGACGUCGUCCUCUAUCCCAACAACAAAGAGGCAGUCAAGGACUACACCCUGUCGAAGGACGACAUCGAGGGACUCAAGCAGGGGAGGGACAAAAGAAAGACAUUCAAGAAUUCGAAGGACCAAAUGGAGGGAUCGGAAUACGAUUUCAGUCGUCUUGCUCGGACCUGUUGGUCGUGGGUCUGCGUACCCGUGGAGCUCAAGGCAGAUCAUCAACAGUCGGCGUUCGGAUUCGGCAAUGAUCCCAAUUUCCUUCCUGGUGGUCGAAAGAGGCGAGGUGCAAGGGGCCAACUUGCCGAUUAUGCUGCCAGAAUUCUUCAGCGCCAACACCUCCUAUUCUUCUUCAUGAUCGCAAUCACUCGCAACGAGGCGCGACUCAUGCGCUGGGACCGGGCUGGUGCUAUCGUCACCCAACCCCUCGAUCUCAGGGACCCCGAUCAAGCGGACAAGCUACUAACGUUUCUGUAUCGAUUAAGCAGGGCGAAGCCCGAACAACGCGGCUGCGACCGAACCGUUCAGCGUGCGACCAAGAAGGAGAUCGACUUGAUGCGAGAGGCAAAGGACUCCAUCCCUCAAGGCGACUACCGUCUGAAGCGCCUGAACUUGGCUAUGGCCGAGGGUUGGCCCGUCUACAAGGUGCUGUGUCGUGAGGACGACGUUGUAUCUGUGGACGCCUGGCGUGCUACUAGCACGAAUACUGACUCUGCAUCUUCCACUGUACCUCCGCCUUCCUUGUCUCUAGCUAAUAUCGGCUCACUAUCCGAGGACCCUGAUCCCUUUGGGCCUGGUACAUCCUCGACAGCUCGGACUGCAUCGAAAGCUCGCAACCGCCCUGCUGUACAUUAUCGGUGCUUCUUGAUCUGCAAACACGACUUCUCGAGCGACUCUCCUAUCGGGCGUGGCACAAGGGGGUACCUUGCGUACGACAUGAAGACUGGCAAAUUUGUAUACUUAAAGGACUCUUGGCGCGUCUCCACAGGAAACUCGGAGAUCAAGGUCUAUCAGCGUUUGCAUGAGCGUGGUGUCGAAAACAUUGCAACACCGAUUUGUGGUGGCGAUGUCGUGGAUAUCGACGGGACUCUGCACCGAACGUUGGCUCAGAAGCACAACCGCAAGGCAGAAUACAUCCAUUGUCGGCUUGUCGUGGAAGAAAUCGGUGAGUCCAUCCUGGACUAUCCCACCAGCAAAGACUUGGUAGCGGUGAUGUAUGGCGCUAUCACUGCACAUCAACAGGCUUGCGAGAAAGCUGAAGUAAUGCACCGGGACAUCAGCGAGGCGAAUAUGCUCAUGAUCCCAGAUCCCAACUCACCGUAUGCUGGCGUUACGAAGAGAGGGAUCCUCAUUGAUUGGGAUCUCUGCAAAUCUUACGCUCAGCUUAGGCAUAGCGCUAAGCAAAACAACCGUUCAGGAACAUGGCAAUUCAUGUCCGCGUUGCUUCUCUUGAGGCCGGGUUUCAAACAGCACACUAUCGCCGACGACUUGGAAUCAUUCAUGCACGUUCUCAACUGGAUCUGCUUGCGGUACCACAAGACCACCCAUCAAGGUCUACAAGGGCAUGUAAGCAGCGUUUUCGACGGACCCAAAAAGGAAAACCCAGAGGAUCGCACUGGUGGUGGUGAAAAAAUCUUUCUUAUACUUACCGGCACUCCGUCCGCAAUUCUGUCUGAGGUGUCGGCUUUAAAGGAUCUGCUUCGCAAUCUAGCCAAAUUGUGCCAAGCUCAGUACAACGCCACCGAUCUUACACCGUACGCCGGACUAUAUCCUGUCGACGAAUCCGCUCCUGCAAGUUUCUAUGCCAACAGGAAAGUACCUGGUUUCGGGGUCCCAGGGAACAUGGAGAGUUCUCACAAGCGUGUUGAAGAUCCGGCAUUCUCGACUCACAAGCAGAUCGUUGAUGCUUUCGAAUGGGCUCUUUGUGGGCUUGCCCAACACUACCCCAAGAAAGAGGACGACAAAUUCGCGCAGUUCGCGAAAAUCGAUCGAUCUCAAUACUCUGUUCACUCUUCCUUCUCUGGGUCAAAACGAUACUCGGAAGAGCUUGGAGAUGGAGGAGAUGAAGAGCAGCCACUUGCGAAGAAACUUAGGCCCGCGAGGACGAACCGACAGCCAUCGCACACACUCGGCGCAAUUAUCGAGAACGAGGCGACCAGGGACCAACCGGGGAUGAGAGACUCGAGCUGCAUGUCCGGUACUCGAUCCAUCCGCCACAGGGUAAUCUCUGCUGCUUCUCAUGACGAGUUAGCGGUCCCGAUGACGAUGAAGAACCUGCGCCACAGCCGAAAACCAGCGCACUGCGCCCUGAGCGGUCUACGCACUCGUGUUCCCGCCAGAGGAGAUCGGCGAGGCGUCAUGAGCAAAUGGCGGUUUCGUAUAUUGUUGUCGAAUCAUUUCCUCGAUGGAAAUGGACAUCAAACCUACUCUCAUGACCUGGCAACCUUGCUCAAUGCUGGUUAUGUCCUACUUGAUAUUGCUCCACGGAGUUCAGACCACUCGCAUGAGAAGCUCCACAGGAUUAUACCUCAUGCUCGUCCAACGCUAGAAGUAUUAACGCGAACACAGCAUGCGCGACUCGACAAACGACGCCGCCGAGUCCUUCCAAUCCCGCCACUCAAACAGAUUCUCGACCGUCACCUCGACGGACAGAGGCGGCGACGCGUUGCGGGCGAGGCGGACGAGGUGCUCGUCGAUGCGCUGCCACGCCAGGGUGGACGAGCCGCAGCCGAACUCGUGCAAGUGCACUUUCGCGAGCUUGAUGUGGAUGCGGACCGCGGCGAGCGCGAGAUGGCUCACCCGGUUGAGGAUGAUGAGGAUCGGGUCGGCAUCGGACGCGCGCGGGGAGACGGCCGGGAGGACAAAGAUGCGGACCCACGCGACAUCGUCUUUGUGCUCUACGCUGAGCUCGAGGUUCGUCAUGUCACGUAUCAGCAGCCGCCGUGUCAGCCAGAACGUGAUGUGGUUGUCUGUGCCGCAGACACUCAGGCCUUGCAAAACCUUCUUGGCACGAUUUGGGCGCCGGGUGCACGAGGUGUUGUAUACGUGUGGCAGGCCCGUCAGGCAGGACACGAUAGGGUGGCCGCGCGUGAGGCCAAAGAAAGGGCUGCCCGGCCAGUGGAUGCGAACAGUGUGAAAGAGGUGGCGUCGAAGACGAACAGCGCUGGCCAAACGUACACGGUGAAAGUCGACCCCGUUCUGAAAGGAAUGAAUGCCGGUCCCGAGGCAGGAAGCAGGUUCGAGCCGGCCGAAAUGCUUUCGGCAUCCGUGGGGUUCGCACUGUCCGAGAGAUGUCUACCCUCUGUAAAGCUAGAAAGCAUGCAGUCUGGGCUGUCAUAUGAAGGCAUAGAGAUGAUCCAUUCCUACCAGCGCUCAUUUAUAUUCACGUUCUCAUAG